AUGGGGCCGACCAUCUCAACCCUCAAUUCUCUCCCACCCCUUCAGGAUCUCCUCCACCCAACCCCAGAAACAUACACCCAAAUCCUCAACAUCUGGCAAUACUUCGCCAGCUUCACAGUAGUCAUAUGGCUAACCACCUGGUUCCCGAUGGGCAAAACCUCCCUAAAAUCCUCCAUCUUCAACAUCCCCGGCCGCCUCGCCUGGACCGCCAUGGAGCUCAUCGCGCCCCUAAACCUCAUCUACGUGAUGAAAGCCCUCGUCGCAAAACUCAACACGGACCUCACGUCCCUGCCACUCCCGAAUCAGACCGUAGCCGCGCUGUAUCUCAUCCACUACGCUAAUCGCGCGGUCAUCUCUCCGCUGUUCGCGGCCCCGAGCAUGUCCCCCAUCCAUGCUUUCAUCGCCGUCUGCGGUCUGUCUUUCAACUGGAUUAAUUCGACCUGCCUUGCUGCAUGGUUGGUGGGAUACCAUGUCCCUGUGACCGGGUAUAGAGCAGAUGGGUCUGGUCCUGGUAUAGGUAAUAGCACCAGACCCGCGAUCUCAGAUUACCUCCCCUAUAUAGGAAUCGUCCUCUUCUUCGUCGGAAUGGCAGGAAACAUCAUCUCCGAGCGAACAUUCUUCCGACUCCGCCGCGAAGAAGCAGACAAGCUGCACAACACCCAGAAAGAUCACUCAAAGAAUCCCGGAACCAAGAACAAGUACUCCAAAGUCUACGUCAUCCCGCCCGCAAAGGGCCUUUUCCGGUACAUCCUCUACCCGCAUUACGUCUUUGAAUGGCUCGAGUGGACGGGCUUCGUUCUCGUGGGAACGGCCGUGUACCCUGCGGCUGGUGCCGUUGGGCCUGAGAUGGGACUUGUGCCGUGGUUGCGUCCUGCGGCUGCGUUGGCGGAGAAGUUGCGGGUGCCCUUGCCGUUGCCAGCAGUGGUUUUUGUGGUGAAUGUUGUGACGUCGAUGGUGCCUCAGGCCAGGUUGGGGAAGAGGUGGUAUUUGGGACGCUUUGGGAAGGACAAGGUUGCUGGGAGGGGGGCGGUGGUGCCUUUUUUGGGGUGGUUGUCAGUUUAG